CUACGCAAAUCGUUAUUAUGGCGCACACACAUUUCUUUAAGUUGCUAAUUUCUGUACUUAUCCACCUGUGGCUAUGCCACGGAACAACAUUGGCGGCAGAUGCUAAAGAUAGGCUUAUUAAUGGCGAAACAACGACCAUUGCACGAGCACCAUUUAUGGUGCAACUCCGUUUCAAUGGCCGUUUUACGUGCGGUGGUACCUUGAUAUCACCAAACCACGUACUGACUGCCGCACACUGUGUUAAAGGGAAGGCACGCAAUGGAUUUACCAUUCAUGCAGGCGUUACCAGGUUAGAACAGCCGGGUAUAAGACGCACCGUAACAGCGGCAUUUAUACCACGCGCCUUCACAACAGAAAAUAAAAUGAUGGAUGUGGCUGUUUUGAAAUUAUCACAACCAAUCAAUGACCCGAACGUACGACCGAUUGGCUUGUGCAAUCGUCGAUUGACACCUGGACUGCCAUUGCAAGUGUUUGGCUGGGGUACGACUUCCGAAAGUAGCAAUCGCUCAUCGAAUGUUUUGCGUCGAAUAACCGUGCCAGUUAUUAGAAAAAUGCGAUGUAGCCAACAAUAUCGGAAUAUACAACAGUUGGCAAGGUCUACGUUUUGUGCUGGCAUUCCUGGCAGUAAAGACUCGUGCUCAGGCGAUUCUGGUGGACCGGCAAUACAUGAUGGACGCGUGUGUGGUAUUGUCUCAUUUGGUUUUGGCUGUGGACGUCCAAACUUUCCCGGUGUCUACACCAGUGUACCCAUGGUACGGAAAUUCAUAAGACAGGCAAUGUUAAAAUAAAGUCAAUUCUUUUGUUUAUAUUUACCGCAAUAAAUAUUUACACGAA